AUAAACGGAUAAGAAAACGAGCAAUCCUCGCCAUCCCCAGUUCGUUCUUCGUCUUUCUUCUUCUUCUUCUUCUUCUUCAUCACCACAUGAAUCUCUGAAACCAGAGAAGAAGAGAUGUCGGCCAUACCAUUUUCUUCAGCUUCAACCUCAAUCCGACAUCCAAUUUUCACUAACAAUGCUUCUUCUUCAUCUUCGUCUCUGAGGCUAAGAACUUCCUUCCUCGCCCUUCCUCUCAAAUCCCACCACAACAGCAACCUUCGUCUCCAAUUUCCGGCACAAAGAACCACUAGACACACUAACAAUGGCGUACCGGUUUGUAUGAGUAUGGAGGCCGGCAUUGGAGUAAUGGCCACCAAGCUCGGUAUGAUGAGCUUCUUCGAGCCGGACGGCAAGGUCGUCCCUGUCACGGUGGUUGGUUUCAAGGAAGGCAAUAUCGUCACGCAGGUUAAGACGGAGGCGACCGACGGCUACAGUGCCGUUCAGGUUGGGUACCGUAGGGUUAGGGAUCGGAAAUUGACGAAACCGGAAUUAGGGCAUCUCGAGAAAGCUGGAGCGAUUCCUAUGCGCCAUUUGCAGGAGUUUCGUCUUGUGAAUGUUGAUGGAUUUGAGCCCAAUCAACGGUUGGUUUUCAAUGAACUUUUCAAGGAGGGCGAUCUGGUUGAUGUCUCCGGCAUCACAAUUGGAAAGGGAUUUCAAGGUGGAAUCAAGAGGCACAACUUCAAAAGGGGUCCGAUGACCCACGGUUCGAAGAGCCACAGGGCACUUGGAUCAAUCGGUGCAGGAACUACACCAGGUCGCGUGUACAAGGGGAAAAAGAUGCCUGGAAGGAUGGGAGGAACCAAGAGAAAGAUCAGAAAACUGAAGAUUGUAAAGGUAGAUGAUGAGCUUAAUGUUGUGAUGAUCAAAGGAGCUGUCCCUGGUAAGCCAGGAAACCUUCUUCGAAUAGCUCCUGCAAAGAUAGUAGGAAAGAACAUUCCUAAGAAUUAGCUUUAAUCUUUUGAGCUGUUGCAUCUCUUCAACUGGUUAUUUGUAUUAUGAUUACUUCACACUUGAGUUCUCCUGAAAAUUUUUAAUCCAUUCCCACUUUUUUCAUCA